AUGGGGAGCGUGCGAAGCCACCGCUACAGCAUUGUCUCCUCCGAGGAAGACGGCAUGAAGCUAGCCGCCAUCGCCGCCGUGCCCAAUGGCUACGCCAACGGCACGGUGGCCAAGGUUCACGCGGCGCAGCAGCAGGCUGUGAGCCGCUUCGUCCAGAAAGACGGCCACUGCAACGUGCAGUUCAUCAACAUGAGCGAGAAGGGCCAGCGUUACCUUGCCGACCUGUUCACCACCUGUGUGGACAUCCGCUGGCGCUGGAUGUUGAUCAUCUUCUGCCUGUCCUUCCUCCUCUCCUGGCUCUUCUUCGGCUUCGUCUUCUGGCUGGUAGCGCUCUCCUACGGCGACCUGGAGAACGAGACGCAGAUGUGCGUGUCUAACGUCAACAGCUUCACCGCCGCCUUCCUCUUCUCCGUGGAGACACAGACCACCAUUGGCUACGGCUACCGCUACGUCACUGAGGAGUGUCCCGUGGCCGUCUUCAUGGUGGUCUUCCAGAGCAUCUUCGGCUGCAUCAUCGACGCCUUCAUCAUUGGCGCCGUCAUGGCUAAGAUGGCCAAGCCCAAGAAGAGGAACGAGACGCUGAUCUUCAGCCACUACGCUACGGUUGCCAUGCGGGACAGCAAGCUGUGCCUGAUGUGGCGCGUGGGGAACCUGCGUAAGAGCCACCUGGUGGAGGCCCACGUGCGCGCCCACCUCCUCAGGUCGCGAACCACGGCCGAAGGCGAGUAUAUCCCCCUGGACCAGAUGGACAUCGACGUGGGCUUCGACAGCGGCGUCGACCGCGUCUUCCUGGUGUCACCCAUCACUAUUGUCCAUGAGAUCGACGAGGACAGCCCCUUGUAUGAGAUGAGCAAACAGGAGCUGGAAACGUCCCAGUUUGAGAUGGUGGUGAUCCUGGAAGGUAUGGUGGAAGCCACGGCCAUGACCACCCAGUGCCGCAGCUCCUACGUGGCCAGCGAGGUUCUCUGGGGCCACCGCUUCGAGCCAGUCCUGUUCGAGGAGAAUAACUACUACAAGGUGGACUACUCGCGCUUCGAGAAAACCUACGAGGUGAGCAGCACGCCCCAGUGUAGUGCCAGGGACCUGGCCGAGAAGAAGUCUCUGGUCUCUUGCUCCAACUCCUUCUGUUAUGAGAACGAGGUGGCCCUUGAAAAAGUGGAGAUGGAGGAGACGUUUGACGAGGAGAAAGAGGAGGAUGGGGAGGAGAAGGAGGAGGUAAAAAUGGAGGAUCAGGGUGCUAUUGAGAACGGCAUUGAGAACUCAACACUGGAGGAGACAAACACAGACACAGUCUCUGUACAUUCUGAACACAAUCAGGAUACCAGGAGUCUGACGAUGCCUUCAGAAGCAAGGCCUCUAAGACGAGAAUCAGAAAUAUGACUGCAGAGAUGU